AUUCGUAUACCUACAUACAUAUUAUACCGUCAAACCAGUCUAUAUUCCGGACGGCAAAGCGCCGGCGCACGCACGUCCACACGCGGCCAUACAAAUAGAAUUUAAAAAAUUAAAUAACAAUGUUCCCAUUACGUCGUAUCGUUGGCAGCAAGAUCUUGGAGCAAUGGCGCGCUCAAGUAGCAGCUGGUUCAAAAGCACAGAUUAAAAACUACAGUUCAGAAAAUGCUCCUCGACCUUUGACCAUGUUGACCGAUGAUGAAUUAGCUAUGAGAGAGACAAUUAGGAAACUAGCCAGCGAACAAAUAGCACCUCUGGUGAAGAAGAUGGAAGACGAACACAAAAUUGACGAGGGAGUCAGACAAAUGCUGUUUGAUAAUGGCCUUAUGGGCAUCGAAACCCCAGAGGAAUACAGCGGUUCCGGCUGUGGUUUCCUAACAAUGAUGUUGGUAGUCGAAGAACUGUCCAGAGUGGAUCCCGCAGUGGCCGCGUUGGUGGACAUCCACAAUACGCUGGUCAACUCCUUGUUCAUGAAACUGGGGACAGAGGAACAGAAGAAGAAGUAUUUGACCAAAUUGUGCACGGAAUACGCCGGCAGCUUCUGCCUCACGGAACCUACUUCCGGGUCAGACGCGUUCGCGCUCAAGACUGUGGCUAAGAAAGAUGGCGACCAUUACGUCAUCAACGGCUCCAAAAUGUGGAUCUCAAACUCUGAUAUCGCUGGCGUCUUCCUUGUCAUGGCUAAUGCUGAUCCUUCUCAGGGCUACAAAGGCAUUACAUGCUUCAUAGUGGAGCGCGACUCACCAGGCCUGUCAGUCGCGAAGCCUGAGAACAAACUGGGAAUACGCGCUUCGGGGACUUGCAUGGUGCACUUCGAUAACGUGAGGGUUCCCGAGGGAAAUAUCCUGGGAGAAUAUGGGAAAGGAUACAAAUACGCAGCCGGUUUCCUGAACGAGGGUCGUAUUGGUAUUGCAGCUCAAAUGAUCGGUUUGUGUCAAGGUUGUAUGGACGCCACAAUUCCCUACACUCUUGACAGGAAACAGUUCGGAAAAAGCAUUUACAGCUUCCAGGGCAUCAGCUACCAGAUAGCGCACUUGCAGACCCAGCUGGAGGCGGCGCGGCUGUUGGCCUACAACGCGGCGCGGCUCAAGGAGAACGGCGUCGAGUUCGUCAAGGAAGCCGCCAUGGCCAAAUACUUCGCCUCGGAAAUUGCCCAAACCCUGACAUCCAAGUGCAUUGACUUCAUGGGUGGAGUAGGAUUUACGAGAGACUUCCCACAGGAGAAAUUCUUCAGAGACGCAAAGAUCGGGACCAUCUAUGAAGGCACCAGCAAUAUGCAACUGCAGACAAUAGCCAAGCUCAUAGAGAGAGAGUACAAGCAAUGAACAUAAAUCUAUAUUCGAAUUUAAUAGAGAUUAUUUAGUUAAGAAACAAAUUCCCUUUCCCCCAUUAAGUACAAUUUAAGUACAUUGGGAUUGGUAGACUAUUUUGUAAAUAUUAUUGUGAUUUAUCCAUUCCAAAUUGAGAUAUUGUGAAUCAAAAAUGUAAAGAAUGAUAUUCCCACUUUUUUAAACAUGUUGAUAAUGUUUUUAUGUAAACCCCUUGCAAUUUACAUUUUUUUUUUACUGUUUAUAUAAUAAAUUUUUUAAAAUGU